AUGUCGUUAAAAUCGGCAGGUGGAAUCAUUUCUCUGCUCGAUGAGCCCAGCGAAAAGUUGCAGUGCUUAGCUCUUACGAAACUGAAUCAAAUUGUAAACGCCUUUUGGCCUGAAAUUGCGGAGGUUGUUUUCCGCAUUGAAACGCUCUAUGAAGAUCCAAAUUUUCCAGCACGGAAAUUGGCUGCGCUCUUGGCAUCGAAGGUGUACUUCCAUCUUGGUUCAUACGAAGAUGCCCUUAUGUUCGCCCUAGGGGCAGAAGAACUCUUCGACGUACAUGGUCACUCUGAAUACGUGGAAACUAUCAUCUGUAUGUGCCUUCUUUACUCCAUGAUUAGUAUCGUAAUUCAGUUUAGUGUUGGCAACCCAUAUAUUGCUUCCCGGUAA